UUUGGGCAGGGUGUAGGGUUUGGGAAGGUGAAUUCAGUCACUUGUGAGCAGAUCACGUGUGGGAGGAUUUGGGGGCAACAGAAAGCAAUCCAGUAGGAAGGGACUAGCUGGGGAAGGAGGAGAUGCAAAGGAGCUGGGAGGCCCUGAGCUGGAAGGAGCCCAAAGCUUUGGGGGCAGGUGGGGGUGGGUUCUUUGCACCACUUUCCCCUUGGAUCUGCCUCCUGCCCUGCCCCCUCACAUCCUCUUCUUCUGCCUCUGCAGAAGCCGAGGAGCUGUACCAGAAGAGGGUCCUGACUAUCACCGGUAUCUGCGUGGCUCUGCUGGUCGUGGGCAUUGUCUGCGUGGUCGCCUACUGCAAGACUAAAAAACAGCGGAAGCAGAUGCACAAUCACCUCCGGCAGAACAUGUGCCCAGCCCACCAGAAUCGGAGCUUGGCCAAUGGGCCCAGCCACCCCCGGCUGGACCCUGAGGAGAUCCAGAUGGCAGAUUAUAUCUCCAAGAAUGUGCCAGCCACAGACCAUGUCAUCCGGAGGGAAACGGAGACCACCUUCUCUGGGAGCCACUCCUGUUCUCCUUCUCACCACUGUUCCACAGCCACACCCACCUCCAGCCACAGGUGGGCACCACCCAGGCCCACAGAGAUUUGCAGACUCCUGUAUGCACACCCACAGAAAGCACUAACACAUAUGCCCGGAGACACACAAAGAAACCUCCCAGCCAGGCUAUGCCCUGUACUGAGGGUCCCUCUGAGUCAAGGAAUAUAGGUAGAGGACUUCAGACCGGAACCCACCACCAAACAUUCAUCCAUCCUCAGGGGACCAGAUUCCCUUUUCGAGUCUAAACCAGCCCCAGAAGAACAACAGCAUCACUGGGCUCCCACCUAACAUGUAGUUUUGGUUGGACCUCAUUAGCACCACAUUAUCUGGCAUAAAAUGCCUCCUCGCC